AUGUUCCUCGCAAAGGACGAAAAGAAUUCAGAGCCGUUGCAUUUGGACAAACGAGAAGACGGCACCGCAUCCCCUUCGGACUCCGACCUCGCCAGGACCGAAGAUGCUCGUGAGACCGGCCCGCCGCUCCUCCAGGUCGACAAGCAGACUGAGAGGAGGCUGUUGAGGAAACUGGACUCUCGCAUUGUGCCCAUGGUGAUGUGGAUGUAUCUGAUGUGCUUCAUGGAUCGAGUCAUCAUCGGCAACGCGAGACUGUACGGAAUGGAAGAUGAUCUGGGCUUGGAAGGGAAUCAGUUCCAGCUGUCGGUAUCCAUUCUGUUCGUCACCUAUUGCUUGUUCGAGGUCCCCUCGAACAUGAUCAUCCGAAAAACCAACCCCUCCUACUACCUCGCCAUAUUGACCAUCCUGUGGGGCCUGGUUGCAACCUUCUCGGCCAUGGUUCAGGGCCUCCCCGGAUUGAUCGCAUGCCGUCUGCUCCUCGGUCUAUUCGAAGCCGGCUUCUUCCCGGGAGUUGUAAUCUAUCUGAGCCUCUUCUACAACAAGGGCAGUAUAGCGCUACGGAUGGGCUACUUUUUCUCGGCGUCCGCCAUCUCCAGCGCGGUUGGCGGCUUGCUCUCGUACGGCAUCGGGCAAGGCAUGGAUGGCACGGCCGGCUGGAAGGCGUGGCGGUGGAUCAUCCUCAUCAACGGUCUGAUGACCGUAGCCACCGGCUUCGUCGUCCCGUUCAUCCUCCCAGGCAGCAUCAAAGGCGCCAAAUUCCUCAACGACCAAGACCGCCUCGACAUGGACACCCUCCGCAGCGCGGAGCUCGGCCAGACCGUCUCCGGCCAGAAGCUCAACAGAAAGGACGUCAUGGACGCAGUCAAGGACUGGAAGACGUACGCCUUCGGCUUCUGCCAGUUCUGCAGCAACCUCGCCCUCUACUCCUUCUCCGUCUUCCUCCCCACCGUCAUUAGCGAGAUCGGCACCUGGAGCGUCGCGCAGUCGCAAGCGCUCACAGUGCCCGUGUUCGCGCUCGGCGCCCUCGUCUACGUCGCCGUGUGCCGACUCAGCGACUGGACGCAGAUCCGGGGGCCGUUCAUCGUCGGCUUCCAGAUGGUCGUUGUGGUCGGGUAUAUCAUGCUCGUCUCGGACUCCGGGGGCGGCGUCAGCCUCGCCGGGACUUUUUUCGUCGGAGCAGGUAUCUAUGUAAUCAACGGGCUGGCUGUCGCGUGGGUGGUGACGAACAGCCCGCGGUACGGCAAGCGCGCGUUCGCCAGCGGCACGCAGCUCUCCAUGGGCAACGCGGCGGGAGUCGCUGCCCCGUUCCUGUUCAGUGAAGGCACGCGGCCUGCUUAUACGCCCGGCUACUCGACCGCCAUCGGAGUCACGGUCUUCUCGAUGGCGCUGUUCUCUAGUCUGUUCUGCUGGUUCGCGUGGCAGAACAGGCAGAGAGCUGCUGGGAAACAGGAUUGGAAGAUCGACGGCAAGACGGAAGAAGAGGCGGCGGAGAUGGGCGACGUAAACCCGAAUUAUAGGUACACGGUGUAG